GGGCGGGCGGGCGGCAUGGCGAGCUCUGCGGCGUCUCCGCGGCCCAUCAAGGGGAUCCUGAAGAAGAAGGGCGGCGCGUCGGAGCCCCCCGGGCUGGGCCCCCCGCCGCCCCACCACCAUCCCGACCACCCCAACCACAACGCCGCCGGGGCCGCCGGGGAAGACGACCUCAGUAAAAAAUCCCAGAAGUGGGAUGAAAUGAAUAUCCUGGCGACAUAUCAUCCAGCAGACAAAGACUAUGGUUUAAUGAAAAUCGAUGAACCUAGCACUCCGUACCACAGUAUGAUAGGUGAUAAUGAUGAAGAUGCAGUGAGUGAUUCUGAAUCAAAUGAAGCACUGACUCCAGAUCUCCUAGCUAAGAAGUUAGCAGCCGCUGAGGGAACUGAGCCAAAAUUUCUGGUUCAAGAAGAAGAGAGCAGCGAGGAGGAUGAGGAACUGUCACCCGAAGAACAAGAAAAAAAGCGGCAAUUUGAAAUGAAAAGGAAACUUCACUACAACGAAGGACUAAAUAUUAAAUUGGCUAGACAGUUAAUUUCAAAAGAACUACAUGGAGGUGUGGAAGAUGAAGACGAGGAAGAGGAUGAUGACGAGGAAAUGCAAGAGGCUGCGGAUGUGGAAAGCAUGAAUACCGAAGCAUCUCACCAGAUACCUACUGCCAGUGACCAACUGCAAAAGAGAGCUCCAGAUUUGUAGAAGACACUUAUCCAACCCUGCAAAUGCUUGUCAGAUACCACCCUGUUAGAAUGAUACACUGCUUCGUGUUCUCUGCCAUUCAUCGUUUAAAGUAUUGAAAUGCAUAUCGGUUAUUAUGUUUUGCCAAGAAUUGUAAUGAUAACUUUAGAGACUACUAGAUUAGGCUGAAAAAUGCCUAAUCAGUUUAUUCUUGUGCCUCAUACUUCACAGAGAAUAUCGCAUAACAUCAAUAUGGAAAGAAUUACUUUUAUAAAGACACUGGUUAGUUUGUAUAAGGUAUUGUCACUUUCUAUGCUUUAAAAGUUAUGCGUUAUCUUUUUUGUUAUUUAUUUGCUGCUGUUCGAAGUGUGGUAGCUCUUGUAGAAGAGUUUUUGAAAUCAAUAUUGUACAGCAAAUUUACAGGUUGUUUUUUUUAUAGAGAUAUAUAAAAUUCUGCCUGGUAAGUAUCUUAAUAGCCGUUUCUCUCCUGUGCGUGGUUUAACUAUAAAAGAGAUUAUUUUAGGAAAGCUGUUCUGUAACUUUUCUGUACCUGGUGUCUUAAAAUUCCUUUGUGGCACUAUUUUUCUCCCAGGGUCUGUGGGUGGCCGGCGUGGGGGAGACACACUAAGCUAUUUCUUUAAUAAAAAUAGCCGUUUCACAAAUAAUUUACUAGGUUUGAUUGCACUAACUCCAGGUGGAAACUUUUUGUACUCUUGGUGAAUAGAUUUCAGAUCCGUCAUCAAUUUAGGCGCUUCUUCCAGCACAGUUGCAUCCUCGUUCUUCUCCUCUCCCUCUCAUCCCUCUCUAAAUAUGUGGGAUCCUUUGCAUCUGGUCUCUGGAGUUUCUAGCAACUUUUUGGUCUUCUGCCGUCUACCUCCUUGUCCCAUUCAGUGUCUCUCCAGCGGACGUCUUUUGCGUCAGGUCAGUUCUUAGUGCAACCAAAAACACAUUUGGGGUGUUGGGGCCGAAACAUCUGCAGUUUUAGCCGAUGGAGGGUUGUUGGAGCUCUUUCUCGCCCUUAGCGAGUUGCAGCUCACCUCUGGAACUGCUACUCUAAAUAUAUUUCUUGACUUAGUAUAGAUCACAGCUGAAGUUACUUACAUUUUUAGGAGUGACGUCGUUCCCGCAAAGGUGUCCAUCUAGGUAAACGUCCCUCCGACAUGGAAAGAUACGAAGCACACAAACUGGAAAUCCAGUUUUUGGCAUAGUGAUGGAUUCAUUUGUAGUCAAUUCUUAUCUAAGUUUUCAUCAGUUGCGGAAAACUCCUAUGUGGACAUAUUUUUAAGAUGAUUUCUGAAUAUUGUAUAUAUGAAGUUGCUAUUUUUUCUGAGCAGUUAACUUCCACCACGUGAAUUUCCUGAAACAUCAAUGUGUAAGAUUGAAUAAAAGUGGAAGAAAUUUAUACCAUUA